CGCGAGGUGGCGGCGCCGGAGCAGCGGGAGCUGUGUUGAGAUACCAUGGCACAAGCGCUUGCCUCCCCAGGACUGUUCUCUGAUGAUGAUGCUGCAGCCUCCCCUGUUCUUGAAUCUACAACGACAGGGUUUGGGGCUGAUGUGCGCAAGGACCUGCUGUCGGAGUUCUCUGCUAUCUCUCCAAAUCCGGAGGGCUCCCAGCAGCCUGUAGCUGAAGACAAUAAUGGAAAAUUAAAGGUCUAUCUGAGAGUUCGUCCUCUGAAAUCUACAGAACUGGAAAAAGGGGAAGACCAGGGCUGUGUCUGCAUUGAGAAUUCGGAGACCCUUCUUCUAAAAGCCCCUAAGGACUCCUUCACCAUGCGGAGCACAGAACGUGGAGUGGGACAAGCAGCACACAGGUUCUCUUUCACCCAGAUCUUUGGACCAGAUGUUGGACAGAAAUCGUUCUUUGAUGAGACAAUGAAGCAGGUGGUAAAGGAUGUACUAAAUGGGCAGAACUGGCUGGUUUACACCUAUGGCAUCACCAAUUCAGGGAAGACUCACACUAUUCAGGGAAGCAACAAAGAUGGGGGGAUUCUGCCUCGCUCCUUAGCGGUCAUCUUCAACAGUAUAGGGGACCGGCUGUACAAAGCCAUGGAUCUGAAGCCCUUCCUCUCCAAUGAGGUGAUCUGGCUGGACAGCAAGCAGGUGCGACAGGAAGAGACCAAGAAACAGAUCUUGCUGCGGGGAGGUCUGUGGGAGGAGGAGCUUUUAACACCAAUGAAGAGGAGUCACAGUGCUGAAUCUCAGCUCCAGGCCACUGCCAGUGGCAGCUUUGACAGUGGAGUGGCUGGCCUCUCUUCAUCUAGCCAGCUCACCAACCAUUCAGAUGUCAGCCAGAUAGAAGAACUGGGCCCUCGCUGGGCUGACUUGGAUCGCAUUUCACUCGCUAACACAGGAGAUGUGCAGUUCUCCAUCUGGGUCUCCUUCUUUGAGAUUUACAAUGAAUUAAUCUAUGACUUGUUAGAACCAGCUUUAUCCGGCCAGAGCCGCAAGCGGCAGACACUGCGGCUCUGUGAAGACCAGACUGGCAACCCCUAUGUGAAAGAUCUGAACUGGAUCAAUGUCCGGGAUGCUGAUGAGGCCUGGAAGCUCCUGAAACUGGGUCGGAAAAACCAGAGUUUUGCCAGCACCCACAUGAACCAGAACUCCAGUCGAAGUCACAGUGUCUUCUCCAUUCGGAUCCUGCACUUGCAAAGAGGUGGCAGCGAAACUAUUCCAAAAAUCAGCGAGUUAUCCCUGUGUGACCUUGCGGGGUCAGAGCGCUGCAAAGACCAGAAAAACGGGGACCGAAUGAAGGAAGCAAACAACAUCAAUACCUCUCUCCACACACUGGGUCGCUGCAUUGCUGCCCUCCGCCAGAACCAGCAGUCCAAAUUGAAGCAGACUAUGGUUCCCUUCCGGGACAGCAAGCUAACCCGUGUGUUCCAGGGUUUCUUCACUGGACGUGGGCGCUCUUGCAUGAUUGUCAACAUUAACCAGUGUGCAUCUACAUAUGAUGAAACUCUGUAUGUAGCCAAGUUCUCGGCCAUUGCUAGCCAGCUUGUUCAGGUACCACCCACAAAGCUUGGACUUCCAUCCAUACAAUCAAUCAUCAAAGAGCACCACAGGCGAACCAGCCAAGGUGCAGAGGCAGUGGCAAAGGAUGAAGUGGAAUCAGAAGACGACAGUGAGGAUGAAGCAGAUGUCUCCAUGUAUGAGAAGGAGGACUUGCUGCGUGUAGUGGAAGCUGCACGAGAACUGCUGGUGCAAGAGCGGCAGGAGAAGCUGCAACUAGAAAUGCGCCUCCGUGAGGAGAUCUGCAAUGAGAUGCUGGAGCACAUGCGGCAGAAGGAGCAGUGGUGCAGCCAACAUCUGGAUACUCAGAAGGAGCUGCUGGAGGAACUGUAUGAGGAUAAACUGAAUAACCUGAAGGAAUCACUCACUGACUAUUACCAAGAGAUGAUCCAGGAGCGUGAUGAGAAGAUCGAGGAGCUCCAAGCUGCUCUGCAGGAGGCAAAACAAAAAUUGGAGAGCCUGGAUACUAAGCAAAAGGAUUUGGGGCAAGGCUUGCGCCGAUCAAAGCGAGUGGCAGCUACCUCAUGGGCUCUGCAACAGGAGCUGGAAGAUACUAAAGCCAAGCUGGAGCAAUGUCAAACAGAGUUAAAUACUGCAACAGCAGAGUUGCGCAAGUACCAGAAAUUGCUGGAGCCACCUCCCUCUGCUAAACCCAUUACUGUGGAUGUAGACAGAAAGCUGGAGGAUGGACAGAAGAAUGUCAGAUUGCUGCGUUCAGAAUUACAGAAACUUGGGGAGUCUCUUCAGUCUGCGGAAAGAGCGUGCUGCCACAGCACAAGUGCAGGGAAACUUCGGGAAGUCCUCUGUACAUGCGAUGACAUUCUGGCUAGACAGGACCAAACACUGGCAGAACUGCAGAACAACAUGAUGCUGGUAAAACUAGAUCUGCGGAAGAAAGCAGCUUGUAUUGCAGAACAGUACCACACUGUACAGAAGCUCCAGGCUCCUCCAACAUCUGCCUUAAAGAAACGGUUCUGUGCCAACAGGGAAAACCUACAACCUAAUCAACCUCCUGGUAAAAAGCCCUUCCUGCACAACCUCCUGUCACGUUCAGCUGCCCGUCCUGCUGCUGGCAGAGGGUGGCAACUUCGUUCAGUUGCUCUAUGACUUUUUACAAAGAGAUCCCUGCCCUGCUAUUACUGGAAUAGGUGGCAAAUCCAAUAUAAUGGCAUCUAUUUUUGUGUGCUUGUUUGUUGUUGUUGUAGCUGCUUGAGAGCUUAUGUAAACAUUUUUGGAUAUGUAUGGUUAAACUUUUAAUUGAUACCAAAGUGGACAAAAUGACCUUUUGUAUUUUAAACACUACAAUGAAGAAAGUCUUUAAAUAUAAAAUAAUGCAGAUGAUCAAAGCUGUUUAACAAAAGGACAAGUUAAACUGAGCUCUUAUCUUCAACUACGUUGGCGCAUAGUUCAAAAAUAAGUUCACAAGGUCCUCCUUGAAAGAUACUUUCCCUUCCUUGAAUUAUAAUCCUUUAUUAAAGUAUACACGUUCUACUUCAGGGCUGUUCUUUUGGAUCUUGGCUUGCAAUUCUGGCUCCAAGCGUGUUACAGACAUAGAACUAAGCAAAAGAAACAAUAAAAUAGUUACAUAUAACAAGCACUUGAAUGUAAAGUAAGAUGGAAGACGCAUCUGGUUAAGCUUCCUGGAGUGUGAAAAGAGUUUUCAGUGCUUUUUUAACUACUUAUGAAGGCAUUGUGCUCACAGUGCAGGGGCAAACAGAUCCCUGCUUAAAAGGCUAUAAGACAGCCUGUACAGUCAAGAAAUGGCUGUUGCUACUACCAUGAGGGUUAGGAGUCUACUUAGUUGCUUGCAGUUUUUGCUGGCAAUAGAAACUUACCUUCUUAAAGGUGUUUUUAUUAAACAUAAUGUAUUUGCCUAUUUAACUCACUGCCUGAUUUUAGUCACUUGAAUAAAAGGUUUAUAAGAGUCAUAAAAGUGAAUUUAAGCUGCCAGGUCAUUUAAAUAGCUGCAGUUUCUUUAAUACUGUUUCAGGUCCAAUCUUCCUGUGAAAUGCAGAGCCCUGGUUAAAAUCAAGAACUGUACCACACUUGCUGUGCUAGUUUGUCGAGUCACCUCCAGGUAGCUUAGAGCUGCUCACCACCAUUCUCUACGCUGCCAGGUAGGGAAGCAGAUGAUGUCAGACUGCUUUGUUGUACUCCAACAAUUGCAUCAGAUGAGAAUUGGGUAUUGUUUUCUGUAAGUCAAAAGCUGCUUUACUUGCUCAAUAUUUUAAUGGGUUCAGCUCCAGCUUGCACUGUUCAAGCUACAUUUGGCAGCUUGUCCAGUUUAGACAACCACUAAAAUAUGAGGGACAACUUAGUUGAAUUUAAGACCCUGUUCAUAUUAUGUACUGCAUAUUGAGCUAACUAUAUUUGCAGGUAACCCAUCCAGGUUUCAUUCUGAUUUCAGCCAUAUUGUUUCUAAGACAGUUUUCAGUACGGAGCUAUUUGUGUAUUAAUGAAAAAUUAUUUCUGGAAAUAUAUUAAUAAAUUACAAAUAAGCACAUCUAGUUAAGUACUGCUCUGGGUAUAGGCAGGAGCUUCCAGCUGAAACUAAAAUGGGUUUUGACCAUUUAAUGAAACUAUAACCUUAUGGAUGUCAAUAUAUUAUUUAGACCACAUUAGCCUUUUUUUAUGAAUCAUUCCAGUGAUUCUUAACUCUAUAUUAUCAAGCUUAGACAUCUCGGCAUGAAAGCACAUGGUUAAACUAUGCACCUAAACCUCUUGUUCGCUGUCCCUAUGUAGCUGUAUCUUGAGCUGCUAGGAGUCUGUAAACAAGUAAGCCCAAUUCAACUAUUAUAUAUUACUGAUGUGUAACAUAGUCAUUUUUUUUAUAUAUUCUCAUGUUUAUCACUUGUUUUAUGGUAAGUAAUUGUAUGCUCUAGGAGGCAAUGAUGUGUUUGUCUUUUUGCAGUACCUUGCAUGCAUCUGGGAGCGUAACAUUAAAGUAAGAAUGAUGUAACAAGAAUACGCACCUUUUUUGAGGAAACAGUGCACAACACAGAGGUGUGGCAAACACAAGACUAAAGGAGACAAAAAUGGGUUUACAAUAUUUAGGGUACUAAAAGAAAAUUCAAAACCUUUAGGCAUGGUCUUAUGGCAGAAAGCUCUUUUUUGUAUACAGUGAGCUAAAGUUCCAUGAAGUGGUAUGCGACCUUUGUUUCUUGCUGCAUUAUACCUUAUGAUAUCUUCUAUCUACUAUGUAGUACUAAAUGCAUCAAUACCAUGCUUACAAAUAUGUAUAAAAGUAUCACUUUAUGUUCUUCCAGUGUUUUGCAUUGGUGUCCAUGACAACAAUAAAACACUAGCUAACAGCA